AUGGGCAAGUAUACAAGUGCUGCAGUUACCUGCGAUCAUGGAUUGUGCAGUGAAAUUGGCAGGAAUAUUUUGAUCAGAGGUGGUAAUGCAGUUGAUGCAUCGAUCGCUUCGAUGUUCUGCCUUGGUGUCACCAAUCCUCAGAGUAGUGGUAUUGGUGGUGGCUUCAUUAUGACACUAUAUAACAGGACUGAAAAGAAAUGUACUGUAAUUGAUGCCAGAGAAACAGCCCCCAAUAAUGCUAAACGUGAUAUGUUUAUUAAUGAUGAAUUCGGUUCUAAAUAUGCAACACCAGGAGAAAUUGCCGGAUAUUGGCUUGUAUUCCAACGUUAUGGAAGUGGAAAGAUAUCAUGGUACGAUCUGAUAAAACCAUCAAUUGAUAUGUGUCGUUAUGGAGUACCAAUAUCAAAAUAUCUCGGAUAUGUUCUUGGUGUUAAAGAAAAACAUUUCAGAACAUUACCUUCUAUGAAAGAUUGGAUUAAUCGUAGUACUGGUAAAGUAUUUGUCGCCGGGGACAUUAUCAAACGACCUGAAUUAGGUAACACAUUAGAACGACUUGCACUUAGUCCUGACCCAGUGGAACUUUUCUACCGUGGAGAUAUUGCCAAAAAAUUAGUCAAGGAAAUUCAAGAUAAUGGUGGAAUUAUCACGGCUAGUGAUUUCGCACAAUUUAAGCCAACAGUACACGAGCAGCCAUUGAUCAAUGAUCACUUUUCGGGUGAUCUAGCAAUGUGCGGUCCACCACCUCCUUCCUCGUUUGCAGUUACUCAACUAAUCAUAUCUCUCAUGGCUCGAUUUUAUGGACCCAAGACAAAGAAAGAGGUACUAAGGCAUGAUCCACUCUUCUAUCACAGACUUCUUGAAGCGCAAAAGUUUGCCUAUGCACAAAGGACUCUCAUGGGUGAUGAAGCUUUCGUGAAAGAGGCUAAAGAGCUUGCAAAGAAUAUGACAACAAAAGAAUACACAGAUUGGGUGUUCUCAAGAAUGCGCAAUGUGACACAACCAACAGAAUAUUACGGCGGAUUUCGAGAGCAAUUCAAUGAUCAUGGUACAUCGCAUGUGUCGGUAUUAGACUCUAUGGGUAAUGCAGUAUCCGGCACAAGUACUGUCAAUCGAUGGUUUGGUGCAGUAGUACAAUCUGUCGAACUGGGCGUUAUAUUUAAUGACGAAAUGGAUGACUUCUCCACUCCGGGUAUGGCCAAUGGUUUCGGAUUUGCGCCAUCAGAGCGCAAUUUCAUUGAGCCCAAGAAGAAACCAAUGAGUAGUAUGAGUCCAAUGAUCGUUUAUAAUAAUAAAACGGGAAAAGUUGUAAUGGUCGCAGGAGCAUCCGGUGGUUCGAAAAUAAUUUCCGCUUUGGCUAAACCUGUAAUUCGAGUAUUAUUUUUCAAUGAAACUAUAAAAGAAGCUAUCGAUGCUCCAACAUUACACAACCAGUUUACACCAGAUGUCACCCAAUUUGAACAUACCGUGCCUAAGGAAUUGAUGAAUGAUUUGACGGAGAUUUUUGGACAGAGGUUCAAAGAAACCACGGGUUUCGAAGGUAUAGCUCAAGGGAUUGUAGUGGGUGACGAUGGGACAAUCAGCGCCAAUGGAGAUUACAGACGUCAAAGUGACAUGCAUCCAGGAGGAUAUUAG